GAACCCAAAACCCGAACCCAAUUUCAACUUCGUUGUCAACGACAUCGUCUUCAACCGCCUCGCCGCACUCUCCCGGUGCCUCCACUCCCUCGCCGCCUCCGAAGAAGCUCCAAGAGGUGCCUCGGAUCUUUGAGUUCGUGGACGCGAUCGAUGAAAAGGUUGUGCAUUAUAGGACGGGCAAUGUGGCCUGCACGCCCUUUGGUUGAAAGCCUGGUGUGCUGCUUCCGAUCACGUGUUCGCCUUCCUGGUGGAGGAUGGCAUAGAUGUUUCCUCGCUUUACCAUGAGUUCGUUAAGGCGCUGAUUCCCAGUUUCUACUACGAUGCCUCCAAUUAUAGCCUUCCAUCUUUGGUGUUUGGUUGUAACGAGCAAGGAAGUGAGACGAGGAGGAAUUGAAUGGAGAAUCGGAAGACAUCAGCGUACUACGAGAACAGAGCGGUGCAGUUCGGGGUAGUGAGCACCGAUUGGCUUGCUCAGGCUCAGUCCGCCACUGUCCCUCGUACCCCUUCUUCUCCUCCUCCAUCUCCUCCUCUUCCUCCUUCCCACACUGACGCCGACGAACCCUUCUCCGUCAUCCAGGAGUUCGACACCUGGCGCAAGCACCCCGAUUUGGCGGAGGCCGUCGCCGCCAUUCGUGCCUUGGCCGCCGUCAUCCGCUCCAGCAAGGCCACCACCAUGAUGCAGCUCGAAAUCCAACUCAAAAGCGCCUCUGAUUCCCUCAAAUGUUGGGAUACAACCUCAAUCUCCUUAACCGCCGCCUGCGAUCUCUUCAUGCGAUACGUCACCAGGACUUCCGCUCUCGAGUACGAAGACUUCAAUUCCGCCAAGUCUCGCUUGCUCGAACGCGCCGAUAAGUUCGGCGAAAUCUCCUUCAAGGCUCGCGAAAUCAUUGCAAUGCUGAGCCAGGAUUUUAUAUUCGACGGUUGCACAAUUCUUGUUCACGGUUUCUCCAGAGUCGUGCUUCAGAUUCUCAAACUCGCUGCACAGAAUAACAAGCUCUUUAGAGUCUUGUGCACAGAGGGGAGACCAGAUAGAACGGGGUUGCGGUUUUCCAAUGAGCUGGCGAAGCUUGAUGUGGCUGUGAAGCUUGUUAUAGACUCUGCAGUGGCUUAUACUAUGGAUGAGGUUGACAUGGUGUUUGUUGGGGCAGAUGGAGUUGUUGAAAGUGGUGGUAUAAUCAACAUGAUGGGAACUUACCAAAUUGCAAUGGUGGCUAAGAGUAUGAACAAGCCAGUUUAUGUGGCUGCUGAAAGUUACAAGUUUGCUCGAUUUUACCCUCUGGAUCAAAAGGAUUUGGCCCCUGCCUUACGCCCUGUUGAUUUUGGUGUGCCUGUUCCAUCCAAGGUUGAGGUUGAAUGUUCUGCGCGGGAUUAUACUCCUCCACAGUAUCUCACUCUGCUUUUCACUGAUUUAGGUGUUCUUACUCCAUCAGUUGUUAGUGAUGAACUCAUCCAGCUAUACUUGUAGCUAUUCCUUUAUAACUAUCUUUCCAUUCAUUUAAAUUGUUCGCCUCA